UCUUUGUUUUUCCCAUGCACGCUUGUUACGUGACUUGUCUCCCGACUGGACCACCGUUACCCAAGUGACUGUACCUGUAACCUUAUUGGACAAUGUGGCUGUGGCCCACAUUGUUCCCAGGUGGGUUUUGCUCUGUAAAACUCCUCUGUAAUGUGGGGUCCCCAGGGCUGCCCACUCGGGUCCCCUCCUCCCUCUUAGGAGCUAUCUUAUCAAUAAAUAUCUUCCUACUCUUAACCGCCGUUGUUCCUAGAAUUCAUUCUUCGAUUUUUAGAGAACACCUAGCUCAGCAUAUCAGACAUCUAACAGGUUGGGAGAUACAAUGUUUCAUAUUUCAUCUCCGGUAUUAUUUCCUGUACCAGGAGGAUGUGGGCAAGAGUCCCACUCACGGGAAAUGCCCACUGGCUUUUUCCUGCAGCCUCUUUCUCCACAGAGCUCAGUCAGAGAGAGAAGUGGUGUUUUCGGUUGGGCGUGGUGACUCACGCCUAUAAUCCCAGCACUCUGGGAGGCUGAGGCAGAAGGAUCUUAAAUUUGAGCCCAUCCUGGGCAAUUUAGCUAUUCCUUGUUUCAAAAUGAAAAAUGAAAAAAAAAAAAAAAGAAAAGAAAAGAAAAAGAAAAGGGCCGGGGAAGUGGCUCAGUGAGAAGACCCUUGGAUCAAUCUCCAAUCCUGGGGAAGAAGCAAGUUUUGAUACAGCUGCAAUUUUGUCCACGACUGUCCAUGAAUUUGGCCCCUGAUUUCCGGGUUUGUUUUUGCUGGGUCGUAUGCCGAGGGUGAGGCAUAGAGGAGCCCAGAGAAGGCUCGGGGGCGAGACAGGCGCUCUCCAGGCCUCCCAAGCUCUGGCUCUUCUGAAACCUGCCCUCUCUCCUCAGAACUGGACUCAGGAUGCUGCUGGGGUCGGCUGGGGCGGAUCCCCGCAGGGCUCACGGCUCCUGGGCAGAAGGGGACCGGGCCUCCGGCCUGGCGCUGGCCACCGGGGGCGGUGCCGGUGCAGGUCCGCGGGCCAGGGGGCACCUUCCUCGGCGCGCAGGGUCGCUCUCCCGGAAGCACUCGGCUCGGCCCGGACAGGGAGGUGGCGGGCCGAAACCGAGGGUUCCGGGCUGUAACCGUGGUCUCGGGUUGGACAAGGGGGUGCGGGAAGGGAGCUUCGCGGUGCCGCGCGCGCUUAGCCGAAGGACCCGGGUUCGUCUCCGGCGGCAGCAACCGCAACGGAACAGAGAGAGAAGCCAUGAGAGCAGUUUGAUCCACAAUGUGCUCCCACCAGGGUGUGCUGCCUUGCCACAGGCCGAAGCAACAGGGCCAACCAGCCACGAACUGAAACCUCCAAAUAGCCUGGUGCUGUGCAAAUCCAUCUCCUCCCUCACUGGCUCAGCUUGUGACUCUUGGUGUGGCCACGAGUUGGGGGCCCGGGGCACAGUAAGUGGCAGAGUUCUGCCCACUGGACCUGCUGUAGAGGGCAAACACGUCUCCUUCCACAGAAGGACGUUGCACCACGCACUGGGGAGUCUGUGUCUGGCUGCUCAGCCCCUCUGCCGUGCCUGGAAGUAGGAGGGCCGAUUGCUUCACACCUGCCCAGAACCUGGCCCCGAUGCCACGUGUGCAGCUGUGCCCUGGAUGAUGGCUUUGGUCCCUAAGGAUUUCCAGCGCAGACCCCAUCUGUAUUCCACACCCAGCACAGGGCCUGUGAUCAGUAAGUAUUUGUUGGACAACGACUGAAGAAAUCAGUGGCAUAGCUCAAUAUCAUUACUAGGUCAAUGUCAGUUUUAAAAUAUUCUCUGGAUCCUUGAUAGAUUUUCUCAAGCAGAGAAAGCUCCAUUUAUGCUACGAUAGUCAUAAACGCUCAGACUGAAGUGUUGUUAUGCCUGGUGUUGCUCUGGGAAUAUGGCAUGGGGACUCAGCCUUCAGGAUACAACUACCUGACUACCCCUUCUCUGCUCUUUUUGUUACGUUGUGCCAUCACCUCUCUGAACUGGCUGUGAGAAUGUCUGCCAAAUUCUUCUCAUAGGCUUGGAAAAGACCUAGUUAUAGGUUCCAGCACUGCCUUCCUCCCAGGGAAAGCCUUUAAAACUCAAUUUUGAAAGCAUUCUAGAAGGUGCAUUCAUUCAUUCAUUCCUUGCUGUUUCCCCGCACCAUCUUAGGGUCUGGGUGGACUGCUGUGGAGAGGGAACAGUCUCAGUUCCUGCCUCUCCCUGCUCCCCACACGUUCGCACAUUCUACUGGAUUUCUUCCACCCUCGCUGUGCCUAGCAACCCUGAGACUUCUGCCACCGGGCAGACGGGAACGCUCAUUACCAGGCCGCCUGCCCUCAGACUAUCCCUCCAAACACGAUGUCCUUGCAUGGACCGCAAACUUCAAGCAUUAAGACAGGCCAGCAAGGGGCCAGAGAAUUAGCUCUGGCAAUGCGCCUGGUUUGCAAGUGCAAGGUCCUGAGCACAAUCCAAAAAACAGCACAAAAAAGACAGAUGCCAGCAGCAAAUUAACCACAGUUGUCCAUUUUUGUUUUAUUGGAACAUUGCAUAGCAUAAAAUAAAUAUUAAUUUACCAAAUUCUUAAUCAUCUGAUAAAUACUAUUAAGUUAACAGUUAUUUUACAGAACAUUAAGCUAAAUUUGU